UCUCUUCCACGAACUGCGAUUGUGUGUGGGUACAACGGAAUACGAAACGGGUUCGCAGCAGAAUCACAGCAAAUUGAGCCAGCAUUUAUUCAGUCCAGCUCGAUUGGAGCGGUUGCGUAGCUUGUUGCGAGAUACUUCGUAUUUCCGGCCCAUCGCUAACACGGUGCGUUCGCGGAAGAGGUCGUCAGGAAGGUUCGUCAACAGUAUUUACGUAGUUGGCGCGUGUGCGCGUGUUGUAUUGUGUAGCUUAAAAUAAUCGUCAAUAAUCAUCCCUAAAAAGGGGUUUGCUUCAGGUGGGGUGAUACGAGCCAGGAGAAAGAGAGAAAGUGCGGAGUGUGUGUGACGGGGGUGUUUUUUUUCUUUAUUUUGCGGAUGAAAACCCCAAUUUUCCUGCAGAUAUAACGUGCUUCGAGGAACGGAAAUUCCCAACUGCGGAUAUACACGUAGCCAGGUGAUUGCGUGCGCGUGUUUCGUCGGAUGCUGCGGAUGGUUAUGCGGGAGUGUUUUGGCUAGUUGCACACUACUGUCAACAAUGAGCUGCCACUGUCUCUACUACUAUUUGAGUGCAUCGUCGAUUUAGUCGAUUUGAUUCGGAAUCCUCAGACAAAACAACCUGCCGCCGAUCCGUGUACUGUGCGUCGGUAGCGUCCACGUUACGUGAGUGUGUGCCGGGAAGGUGAAAAAGUGAAAUUAACCUACUUCCUCGAGAAGGCGUGUGCGUGCCUGCAUGUGACGUAUGUGGUUCGAUGUCAUCACAAAAGUAUGCAUACGAUAUUGGGCAACUGUUGAAGAAUCUUAAUGCGACCACGUACAUACCGCCCGGAUCCGCCGACAACAGCAGCAGCAGCAGAACCGCCAGCCCAACCAUGCCCGACCAACAUAACGCGCUCAGUGUGCUGGCCUGGACCUGCGAGCAUGUGAGCGAAUGGGCCCGGAAGGAAGGCCUGUCGCGGCGCAUCAUCGAGUGGAUAGCACGGGAGGACGUCGAUGGCCGAUGUUUGCUCGCGAUUACCGAACAGGAUGUGCACGAUCUACCGCAACACUGUGCCACGCAGCUCCGGUUCGGUGAUAUUAAACGGUUCUGGUUCGCCACCCGGUUGCUUCAGCGGCAACAUUUGGCCACCACCGGUCCCCUCGGACUGGCCGGUCUGUGGGCACCGGAGUACAGCAUGAAUGGUAGCGAUAUGUCGUCUGCUGGCCACCAGCCAAUGCAUCCGCAGCACCAUCCGGCAGGUUCGCAUGGUGGCAUCGGGACGCCACAUCAUCCUUCCACGGCCAGUCUGCACAACCCCCAUCACCACCACCACCACCAUCAGCAUCCUCACCACGCGUCGCUUCUGUCCAGCAUGGGCACAAGUUACGGUUCGGUCGGAUACAGCUACAGCGACCUGGAGCGCAUCUCGCCGCCCAUGUCCAUCGAUGGAUGUGCCACGUGUAUUCAGCCGGAAUUUUUCAAAACGAUGAUAAGUUUAGGUUACGCCUUUCUAGUUACCUGGAUCACCGCGUUCGUGAUGGUGGUGGUGCACGAGCGUGUACCGGACAUGAAGAAGUACCCACCGCUGCCGGACAUCUUCCUCGACAACGUGCCGCACAUACCGUGGGCUUUCCACAUGUGUGAGGUAACCGGCACGAUACUGUUCUGCAUCUGGAUGUGCGUUCUGGUGGUGCACAAGCAUCGGAUGGUGUUGUUGCGCCGUUUCUUCGCCCUGGCCGGAACCGUCUUUCUGCUGCGCUGUGUUACGAUGCUGAUUACGUCCCUGAGCGUACCGGGAACGCAUCUGGAGUGUACACCACACGAUCAUAAAUUUGACGACAGCAACGUACGUAUUACGGAAAUGAUCUACCUUCGAAUCAGCCGUGCCUAUACGAUCUGGAGCGGACUGGGCAUGUCCAUACAGGGUGUCCGUACCUGCGGUGACUACAUGUUCAGUGGGCACACGGUCGCGCUGACGUUGCUCAACUUCUUCAUUACCGAAUAUACUCCCCGCAAUCUAUACUUCCUGCAUACGCUCACCUGGCUGCUGAACAUGUUUGGCAUAUUCUUCAUUCUGGCCGCCCACGAACAUUACUCCAUUGACGUGUUUGUGGCGUUCUACAUAACGUCGCGACUGUUUCUGUACUAUCACACCCUAGCAAACAACCAGGCCCUUAUGUCACACGAUUCCAACCGGACACGCAUAUGGUUUCCCAUGUUUAGCUACUUCGAAAGCUCGGUCGAUGGUAUCAUCCCGAACGAGUACGACACGGUGUACGGUGUGCUGUACAAGGCGUUUGCCUGCGUGCUGUACGUGAAGGACGUCUGUAUGCUGACCGCACGCCGGUUCUGGAUCACCAGCAUCGACGGGCCGGCGGGUGUGCUGAAGACGAAGGUACUGUUGCAACACUUGCACCAAAAGCAAGGCGCUCAGCAAUCUCAGCCGCCGACGACAGCGGCCACCCAAACGACGUCCGCCAAGGGGGAGGAAGAGUUGGCGUCAUCCUCCCGCUCGGAGCCGGACCCGAACGCCUCCGCGCCUCUGAUACCGAACAAUCUCGAACACAAUGCAACCACUACUGUGCACGGUCGCACACCCGAAAGAAAACCCGUCAAGUGUAACAACAUCCACGCGGAGUGUGCGGACGUCGCUAGCCUGAAACGGCGAUCGUUUGGCAACAUUAGUGCGACCCUUCCAAAGAGCGUCAACGAUGCGGUCAAGUUGAAUAAUAACAACAACCACAGCAGCAACAACAACAACAACAACAACAAUCAUCUUCCUUCCGGCGGACCAAAGGAUAACACCAAGAAGGAGCACUAGGUGUGUGUGUGUGCAGCCGAUGAAGCAGUUGUUUUACAUAAAACGGAGGCUUUUACAAGUGCAAUGAUGCUACACGGAGAAAAAGCUGGUCCACUGGUUGGUAAACUAUUAAUUUAACGCUACACGUAAGCCGGUUCGUUUUUCGGGGGUUUUGUUAGUCUAUAAUGUUGUUACACUCCUUUAUACUCUCGGUUAUCUUCGUGCAGUGUUAACGGUUAACGCAAGCAGUGACAGGACCGGAAUCCCAAAACCGAACCGGAUUUCAAAUGCAGGACCUUCGGGUAGUUGGUGUUUAAACAGGAGCAAAAAACAAAACUUUGUGAUAUUGUUUUUAAACAAUUAGUAAUGGUCUCAGCAGUUUGCGAGCUGGGUAAAGUUUCUUUUUGUUAAAUCGUACGUUCGCGUUCGUUUUAUUCCUCAUCUUUUGUACAGCUUAUCGUCAUCCUCAAUUAGGUCGUUCUAUUUAUUGUCAUUCCUCUUCGCGCAGGCGAGUUGAUUUAAGUGUGUACACGCGCUGGUUUAGAAUUAAAGCGUUUAACAUUAACUUGCGUCCGUCUGUGUUUGUGGUCGUACUGUGGAGGACGAAGCUCUACCACGUGUGACGCCACAGACACACACUAACUUAAGAACUUCCCAAGUCCAGCGUGUAUUAUGGAGCAUAUUUAUAGCAGGGGAACCUCACCGGUAAUACUAGUCGAAACCAGGUCUUACAGUGAACAGUAUGGGAGGUACAGUAAGCCAGAGCAGAACAAAUUAUUGCUACUUUUCUUAGUAAACCAUAUUCCGUCUCAACACCCUUCUACCGCCUCUUCUGCACAACCGAUUGAAAGUAUUGUAAUGUGAUCACAGUACGUUUAGCAGCCGUUACUCUCUAGGCUUUAGUAACUAAUAACCACGACAAAUGCAUACCUUUUGGAAUCGGAAGUGUAAGAAUGUUGCCAAAAUUGUAGCAGAACAAAAAAGGACGAUCACUUUCAGCCCGUAAUUUCCCUCUUUAACUCUCGUUUACGUCUACGCUUCCCCUUAUCCCCGUAAUUCUAUCCUUCCAUUGUUUAUUCUAACACAGUUACAAUGUGAUGAAACACGCACAUACCACACAACUCACAACUUGCAAAGCAAUAGGAGCUUCUAAGGGCACGUGAAUCAGGAAUAGGAAUAGAUUUUAUAAAUACUCUCCGUCUUCUCUCUGGUGUACGAUGUGGGAAGGAAACGUUUGUGUUUAGCAGGUAGAUUUUGCAACGAACGGAAAAGAAGAUAAAUAUAAAAAAUAGCUUCUUGAAACUUGAAAA